AUGGGCCAAUCUCAGUCGGCCUCGUACCAUCCCUCAGCCGUGGGCUCUCACAACUUCGAGGCGGUGCUGCCUUCGGAUCACGACCCGAAGCACCAAUCUUCCUCGCAGAGGCUAAACGUGCCUCGGUCACUCGCCGAGAGCGGCAUACCGAGGCACAACUACAGAUCCUCCUCGCCCAGCAGCAACUAUCAACCCCUCAUCCCUCGGGAACUUCGCCGCAGCGGAGCAGGUCCGAUCCGACACCGGCCAACGCCGCCCGAAUACGCAGCGGCUGGAGAGCUCUCCGACCAGGGUGGCCGGGCAUGGCCGGCCUCUCCGACAGAGGACGAUUAUGCCGCGGCGCAGAAACGGCGCUCCGUCCGUCGCAUCAGCGCGACGCCCCGGGACCCUCCGCUCCUCGAGGAAUCCGAAUCGGUGCGCGACCACGAAAGCGUCAUCAGCGCCGCCGCCGAGCCGAUCGAGUCCGACCAUGGUCACGCCCCGACCCCCAUCUCUCCUAGCCUCGCUCUGGCUCUCAAGGCCGGUCUUGGCUCGGGCUCGCUGAGGCUCACUACCGAGGGUCAACUGGCCGUACAGACCGAUGCGGACACGUCGGGCGAAGACGUGGGCCUCGGCAUUGGCGAAAUCAGCUACCAGGACGACACUCUUCGAGAGCCGGUGUUGGCGGCCACAAUCCAGGACGCCGGCACCUCGGCGGAAAAGGGGCGCGCUCACCUGCUGUCGUUCUGGGAGAGACGGCCAUCGACCGAGACAGCGCCAGCAGACGAGGAGCCUGUCGAGGAUAUGGAGACGCUGGAUCGCGACGUCGAUGCCACGCCGCGCGGACUCGAUGCGGAAGCGCGCUGGCAGUCGGACUGGGAAGACCGGCGCCAAUAUUCCAGCAACGCGUCCUCGGAUCCCUCGCCAGAGAAGCGCCGGGACGCCGCGCCUGGGCUGACCCAGCCUGCCAGCCGAUUCUCACUCUCGAGCUAUGAGCUGUCGCAUCAACAGGAUCUACAGUCGGGCGAGUCUGACCGGGACGCUUUUGGCCCACGAAGCCGCUUCAGCUACACCACCACCGAUAGCAGCGGAUCCUACGGGCAAAAGGACCAAGCGCGAAACAGCAUCGAGACCAAUCCUGAUCUCCGGCCAAUCCGCUCGUCUGACGAACGAGCGCAAAGAUCUCAAGCCGAGCCGGGCAGCUCUUCGGGUGCCAACAGGACCCAUCUGACUGCCCACCAUCCAACCCGCGAGCAGUCGCAAAGCACGAUGUACUCGGCCGCAGCACCAUCGUCCGACUUCGAGCCGCCGAGAUCGUCGCAGGGUGGCGAUGCAGACGAACGCACGGCCGUCUCGCCCGAUCCCUACGAGUACGCAGCCCUUGUCACGGCGUCGACGCGAGCCGCGGAACCCGAAUCUGGCGUGACGGCAACGUCCGAUGACGAUUCCCGCUCAGAUCCUCGCAGCUUCGCGCCGCCAUCUACGGGCGAUGCGAAUGGAUCGGACCAUGCACAGCCGGCUGCGGGUUCGGUCGGCCGACGACCCAGGGCAUUUAGCUUGAUGGACUUGCUCCGGGGCCGGGGGCGAAGACCAUCGGACGCCUCUCAGCCUUCAAUGUCCCUCGAGUCGAGCAGUCCGCUCGUCUUGGCAGAGAAUGCGUCGACCGAUGCCGAUAGGAACGCAUCUCGACCGCGACAGCUUGGUCCGAGCUCACCAAGCGUCCUGCGAGACUUGGCGACAGACCUCACGCCAAAGUUGGGCACAAUGCAGAUGCCUCGAGACCCCGAUCGCGCCUCCCUCGCCACUGCAAAGCCGUCUCUCCACGGUCGACAACGCUCGGCAGGCGGCGCUUCGGAUCACGGCGAGAGACGCGCGCCGGGAUCGAGGACCGGGAGCGUGUACAGCGCAAGUACAUUGAGGAGCCGACGAAGCUCGACGAUGAGCCUCAGGGCCAAGAACUCUCAGCAGGCCCAAGGCAAGAAGCGGUUGGCGGGAGCGGCCAUGCUGCCCUGGUGGAAGCAGAGCAGCCUCAAGCGCAAGGUCUCUGCUAGCCCGCCAGAGGACAGCCGAGGCAAGUCCCUACGCAUCGCGGCCAGGAAGCAGCCGGCCGCCAAGGUCAGCGCAGACGAAGACCACUGGGUGGACGUGGACGAGGCCGAGGCGCGAGCCGCCGCCGUCGUCGUCAAUCAUGGCGGUGUCGAAGGUCUUCAAAAUACGCAGGCCACCGCAAGCAGAGCUGCCAGGCAAGCAUCCAGCGCAUGGCCGUGGGCGCGCAGGUACGAUCAGCAAAAGCCUCCUACAGAAGUAAGAGCUGCAUCCGAGCCAGUGGAGCGGAGCGUUCCAGCCUCUCCGCACGCUGCUGCUCCGAUCUCGGUCUCGGGAUCCGACAGGGGCAGAGUCUCGCCUGCACUCGAGGUACCCAUUGCCAUCGUGUCGCGCGACCCCUCGGUCACGGGGAUACCGACAGCGAACAACUCGUCCGCUUCGUCGUUCUCCUCCUUAGCCCCGCCGAAACCGCCAGCGCCUGUACCGCCGCUGCGCCGACCGCGACGUCCCUCACGCCGUCAAUCCCUCCAUACGGAAGACGGAGCAGCUGGAUCCGAGGCGUCAACCGCCAGCGGAGUCAGCGGAGCCGCUCAGAUUGGAGCCAUUGCCGGUCGAUCGAGGCAGGACAGUCGGACAAGUCCCAACCCCAGCGAGGCCGCUUCCACGUGCGGAUUCACGGAAACUUCGGGCGCCGACACGUACAACGCUCGCCAGUCCACUCCCGGUACCAGCCUGGCGGAUGCCGUCAGUCACAAGGCGAGCCAGAGGCCGUUGCCUGAAUUGACGCUCGAAAAGGGGAUGGGAAGCCAGACGGUGUACAUUGCCGGACCUGGCGGAUUCGCUCCCGCAGUUUCGCCCUUAUCGCCGGCGUUCACCGAUGUCCUAUCCUCGGACGGCGUCCAAAGCCGCGUCGGCUCAGACUCGGGCACAAAGGAGGUGCUGCUCUCCGACAAGGAGUCAGAUGCCGAUCGCGAUGCCCAGUACCCGUCUCGUCUGCCAGACGCCUCAAAGACGCCAAAGACGCCCACAGUCGUCAUGCAGGACGAGCAGCAUCCAGACGUGCACGUGCUCGUCCCCGGCAGCGGCAGCUUUUCGCGCAACAUCCAGAUCAGCGGAAUGCCGGCUGCUUUCGCAGCAGAACGGACGUAUGAGCCCAGGGCUUUCUCGCGAUCGGCAUCCCUCGAUGCCGCUUCGCCCCUCCCCUCGACCGGUGACUCCCGCUUCCACAACCGAAGCGGUACCGACGGCAUCUCGUUCCAUCCAGCGACAGGCAGCUUAGAUGAGUCUUUCGGGUCUCCCAGGAUGCCCUUGGGACGCCGAGGCUCAACCGACUCGAGACCGGCGCCGCGCAGGGAGCCAUCCGGACCCGCCGAGUCCUUCGUCACGGCCCGCUCACGCGACACCAGCGAGGCACAGGACUUCGGCGGCAUCGACUCGGCUUACCAGACACGGUACACUGUGCGGCCCGAGGAGCUCGCUGGCCUCUACUCUGGCUCUACCGAGGAACAACAUCCGGCCCAGAUUGGAUCGCACCGAUCGUCAAGAUCGCGGCCUUUACCGCAAAUCCCAGAGCCGCAUGGCCAGGCUGAGCGACGCAACUCGGCUGGCCCUUCCGAGAGCGGUCCGCCCCUUUCGCCUUCGGCGGUGUAUCCUGGCAUGGGACAUGGCAUCAAGCUCGACGGUCGUCAGAGCUGGUCCUCCUCUGAUGGUCCCUGGUCAGCCGAGGUGGUCUCGCAGAGCCAGGCGCUGGCACCGGCGCGGGGUCUUGCGGUGGCCCAGCAAGCCUCCCUGGGACGCCAGGCGGCGCAUGCGUCGCAUUUGGAUGCGCUGUUGAGUCCUGGUAACGCUGACUCUCGAGUCGGUCGACCUUUGCCAGCUCAACUUGCUGGAGUGAUGGAAGCGUCGAUCGAAGACCGGUCUUCUCUCCUGGCCCGUCAAUCGUCUUCGGGAUCGACCUCCGGGGGCUCUGGCAAGGCGCCUUUUGCCGAUACGGGCGUGCAGGCGAGCCUGGCUGCGCUGAAAGCGCUCGAGUCCCCGGGCAGCGACCCGCGAACCUUCUGGGCUCGACAGCGCAUCCUCGGCGAGCGAGAUACGAGCGCACAGGCCUCGACCUUCAAUGGCGACCCUCCGACAAAUGAAGCUUCGGACGAGCUGCUUGGCUCGCGUCAGCGCAGGAGAAUGGACCCGUACUCCACGGCACGGUCUCUGCGGUCUUCGGACGGCUUUUCCUCCUCUGGCAGCCGACAGGUGAGGCGAAGGCGGAACACCGACACGUCGAGGGUGUCGAGAGGCGAUCGACGCCACGUAUGGGACCAGACCGGCAUGGCGGAAAUGUCCAGCGCGUCUUUGGCCGACACGAGCGGUGCGGCCUCGGAUUCCGACGUCGCCGGGUCGCUCCUCGCGCGCAAACUGCAGGCGCAGCGCAGGAGGAUGGCUUCGCAGCGCAAGGCGUCGCCCUUUCUGCGCGAACAAGGCCGAAGCCGGACCAUGGCAAUCGAACUGAACGGCUCGGAAGAAGUCGCCGAGCAGCAGACCGAUCGCCUCGCACACGCAACAUCGCCCAGGACCAACGCGCAGCAUCCCUUGCGAGAGGGGCUGCCUCAGGUCGAGGUGACAUCUCCUUUCGCCCAGGCUGGUCUUCGGAUCCACGACGUGCAGGAUCGAUCGGCGAGCAACGAAUGGGACGAGACCAUCGUGCCGGCCGUCAGGAAGCGAAUGGAGCGGGAGGCUCAGGCCGCUGCGGCCAAGUCGACUACAAUGCCGUAUUCAACCAGUCCGAGCACGGCGACAGCCGUGUCACCCAGCUUCAGUCCCGGGCGCCUUCGCAAGCACGAGUACCUUCCGGCGACGGGCUCGCGCGCAUCGCACAUCCCGUUUCCGAGCGAAGCAUCGGCUCCGCAAGGCUCGUACCUCGAGGUGGACCCCUAUUCGUUGGCCAAGGCGGAUCGUGAGGCAUACCGCCGCGCGCUAGAACGGCAACUGCAGGAGCUCGAACGGGCAGAGAGGGAUAGUGCGCCGCGCUCCCGUCGCCCCACCGAGGCGCCAGCAUCUCAUGGCGCGGAGAAGGUGGUGCGAGCCAAGUCCCGCUCGCGCACGCACCGAAACAGCGAAGGUUCCCGCUCGCACUCCCAAUCUCACUCCCACGUCCGUCGCGGCGAUCCGGCCAACGCCUACGGCAAGCGAGACUCGACGCCGUCUCACCACUAUCCCCGCGAAAAAGCGGCGGGCAGCGAGGCCGCUCAUCACACCGCCGCUGGCGCCGCUGCGGCCGAAUCUCGCAAGGCUUCGUCGACGUCACGGUCCAAGGGCAAAGGUCGACGCCCGUCCAAGCAGGGCUACACCGGCGACGACAUCCGUGCAUGGCUGGGCAUGGACCUCGCGAACGGUCCGCCGCCCGACAGCCUCGCAGAGCCGGCGCUGCGUGGCGUCGUGGCUUGA